CGCAAACAUCGGCGCGUCCCGCCGAUCAGUCGACUGAUCCCUAUUUUAAAUAACUAAUUAUUCACAAAGACUUAUUGGUGGUAAAUAAAUAAUCAGAAUGACUUCUUCGUGGGAUAACCGUGUUGCUUUUGUUGUGAGAUAUUUAUAUGAUAUCGACUGCAACGGUUACUUGGACGCUCACGACUUCCACUGCUUGGCGCUGCGGUCGUGCGUGCUGGAGGGACGUGGGGAGUGUAGCGGCGCACGGCUGCAGCGCUACCGGCACAUCAUGCUCAGCCUGUGGGAGGAGAUCGCGCAGCUCGCGGACUUCGACAAGGUGCCAGACUAUGACGGUAUAAUAACAGUGGAUGAGUUCAAACAGGCAGUUAUGAACUGUUGUGUAGGCAGAAAGUAUGAAGACUUCCCACAGGCUAUGAAGGCAUUUAUAGAAUCGAAUUUUAGAAUGAUAGACUUGAACAGUGACGGUGUUUUGGCUUUAGAAGAAUACAGAUACGACUGUGUGCAGAGGAUGGUCCUUGAGGAUAUCAAGAUUAUUGAUGAGGCGUUCUAUUCCUUAUUAAAUGAUGACGACCGUAGAAGAGGAGGUAUUACCCUGUCGCGGUAUCAAGAAUUAUUUGCCCAGUUCCUUGGUGACCAGAGCGAGGACUGUCCGGCGAAACAUUUGUUCGGACCUCUAGAACUAUAGCCAACUAUAGCCGUGUGUGUAAAUGAGGUGAUUUUCAGUGAUAAAACUUACUCCGGUCAGACAUAUAUAAGAUUAUUAUUUCGUUUAUAAUGUGUUAUUUAAUCUACUUCGGUUAAGCAUUUUCAGUUAUCUCGUCUCGUUACGAAAUCAGGGUUUUUGAGGUUAACUGUCAAAAGUUACAGAAAUUCUUUUAAUAUGGACCUCACCUGAUGUCCCUGUUGGUUGUUAUAAUGUAGCAUUGUUUAAAGAAAAUAAUUUUUUAAUUGUACUCAAGUACUUUUAAUCUUGUCUUAAGGUAUCAGUUAUUGUAUUGUCCUAA